AUGUUGUUUGCAAAAGUAUCUUCUGCUCUGCUCCAGUAUAGACAUAAGGUGGAAGGUGGUGAGACUUGUGAAAAAAUGUACUGUGUGUUUGGAGCUGUAUGCCUAGUGGAUCAAAUAACACAGCAAGCAUUUUGCCGCUGUGAUGAAGCAUGUCCGGAUAUAUUUUCUCCAGUUUGUGGUAGUGAUGGUAUUACGUAUUCUAGUGAUUGUCAAUUACGUAUGACAGCUUGUACGCAACAAAGAAGGAUAUACACACACCAUCAAGGACAAUGCGGAAAAGCAGUAAAUCUUGGGCCUCAAUGCAAAACGUUUUAUAAUGAUCUAUGGAAUGAAACUAUACCACACUAUCCCAAUAUUGUCUGCUUUGAACAGAUUGCCGAUUAA